AAAUGGAAUUGAAAAUAAACAUUUUCAAUACAUGAAAUUCAAACUCAUCAAUUUGGAAUUGAACAAAGUAAAUACAAUACGGAGUAUUUGAAAACAAAACAAAAUUUGAAAAGGGAAGAGUUGCUCCCUGGUUCCUCUGCCUCGUUCUUGCCGGAAGUCAAGGGACGCCGGUCAUCAUCUACUGCUCAGCAGCCGUCCAUCCUCGCCGGAGUUGCCAUCGCUGGAACCAAAUCCAAACAUUGCGGCGCCGGACCUAGGGCCGAAACCCUAGGAAGAAUUAAAACGGGAACGGGACCAAGUCAGAUUGAAGGGAAAAAAAGAAAAAGAAAAAAUUGACGGCAUGAGAAACGCUGUUAGAUGUUGCAUCUCUUGCAUCCUCCCAUGCGGAGUCCUGGACGUGAUUCGGAUAGUCCACACAAACGGCCGAGUCGAGGAGAUUAACGGCGACGUCACGGCGGCGGAGGUCAUGAAAUUGCACCCCAAACACGUCCUUAAGCAGCCCUCCCCUCGCUCCCCGGACGACCCCUGCCGCAAGGUUGUCGUCGUCCCGCCGGAAGCCGCCCUCCAGCGCGGCAAGAUCUACUUCCUCGUGCCGGCGCUUUCUCCGUCGGGAAAGCUCACCUCUAGAUCCUCCACCAUGACGAGAAAGAAGGGGGUGUUUCCGGCGGAGAGGCGGAGCAAGGCUGCGAGUGACGCCGCGUCGGAUCAGUACUUGAGCGAGAUCCUGUCGGAGAAGAUCUCCACGGCGGCGCCGGGAGAUCGCCGGCGAGGCCGUGUGGGCAUUUGGAGACCUCAUCUAGAGAGCAUUUCCGAGACUCCAAGUGAAUCUUAGUAUCCAUCCGUUUUGAGUUUUUUCUGUGUGUGUUUAAUUGGUUUGUUUUAUUGUACAUUCAUUUUCGGGAACAUCGUCCUAGGAAUUUAAGUUUCAACUUCUUAUCCUUUCAAAAAAAAAAAAAAGAGAAAAUCAACUUCUUAUCUUAAAACUCAUUUAUUGAUGUGUAAUUUCUGAGGCAAAAUUUAGUUCGUACUGACAUUAUGAAUAUGUUU